AUGGAUAUUUCUGUUCUCCCCAACAACAAUCAUCCUGAAAAGUUUCUGCAGCUGGAUGCUGGCAUUUUGGAUGCUACCCAUGGCAUGUUCCAGGUUGGAGCAUUUGUUUCCAGUCAGAGACGAUGGCAGAACCGGGUCUAUUUACAGCAGGAACAAAGAACCCAACAUGGAAGAAAAAUUCCUCCGUACUCAGAGGGCAGUAGUCCUGUGCUGUUUGUGGACAGUUGUCUGGAGAAGCACAUAACUCCAGAAACUCUGAAGUAUAACAUCAAAAGGAAUCCUCUUUACAAGGAUAUAAAAUCCAUCGACACAACAGACAAUGAAAGGUUUAAGCCUUCCUGGACCAUCGAAGAAUAUGACACACAAACUAUCCAUGGCAACUUAACAGAUUAUUUGAAGGACACAAAAACACCCAAGGAACUGGACUUUUGGCUUGAAGACUUGUACACUCCAGGAUUUGACUCUUUGUUCAAGAGAAAAGAAGCAGAGCACAAGAGAAAAAGACUCUCCAAAAUUGUUCUCUCAAUAAUUUUGCUCAUUUGUGCUUCUCUUAUUGUCAUAAUAGUGCCUAUUGUAGUUUUACAACAGAGCUGA